CAUACCAGCAUUAUUUUUGGUACCAAAUGGUGGGUUCAUGAUGACUGUAUCAAACAAAUCACUCCUCACCAUCAUGGAAUCUAUAUUGGCAACAUCACAUUGAAUUAAUUCUACUUGUUCAACCUCACUUUCUUCCAAAUUUUGUUUCGCUAGUUCUAAGGCAUCUGCAUCAAUGUCAAAACCUACAACAUAAUCGCUGCCAAGAAUUGCAGCACCGACACUUAGGACACCGCAACCACAGCCAAGGUCAGCAACAAUAUUUCCUCUAAUGUCUUCAAAUGUUUGGUCAAUAGUAUAUAACAUGUGUGAAGCUAUAUGAGGUGUUGUUGGGUACUGUUCCAAAUGGACCUUGGGUUUCUCAAACACGUCCAAAUUUUGCAGAAGUCCUUCGAGUUGUUUUAAUUUCAUCUUGAAUUUUCAGAUUUUAACCAGAUAUUUUUUAUUUUAAUGGGUAAAGAUAUUUGUGUAAAGUUCAUCCCCAAAUUUUGGUAAAAAUCUCAGAUAUAUAAACCUUUAUUACUCGCAUUUCAUGACGUUCCCUAGGAAAUACGCUGGCAGGAGUUAUCAGCCGGCUCGUAUUCAAUAUGGCGGCAGAGUCAACAGAAGACGAAGUAGUUGACGGAAAGGAAAAGGUUGAAAUGUCGGCGCAUAAUAAUAAUGCCGGCAGAAGUGAGUGGGUUUCUUUUGAAGAAGAAUGCGAGGUACCACUACUGCCACAGCCACCCAGUCAGGGAGAUAAUAUGAACUCAGAAAAAUACAUAGAUCGUUUAGGUAUUAAAAUAUUUUUAAAAGAAUGUGUGCCCCUGUAGUAUUUCUGUUGUACAGUACUGUAGAAUAUUGCGGACAUUUGUUUACGGAGUGUAGAGUAAAUGAAUAUUGCAUGCAGUAUACUUCAUUUUAUUUCAUCAAAAAGUCAGACACAUUGAAUCUUUGAUAAAAAAUAAAACAUAAAAUGUUUCAGACAGUGAGGCCUAUGGGCUAUAGAAUUAAUAAGGUAUCAGUUUAGGGUCACCUAACAGUGACCUAAGUUUUCAAAAGUUGACGCAGUUUUUUUCAUUAUUGCGUCAAAUUGGACACAUUUUGGCUGAAAAUUCAACCAAAAAUUCGGAAAAUGUAUAGCUAAAACAAAAUUUACCUUUGAUACAAUACAAAAAUUGAUUUAAUAUGAUCAAAUGCAAAAUUACACCAAAUGUUUCAUGUCAUAUAGUCAUAAUCAUAAUGACAUCCACAUUUUUGCAACUUGUCAUAACAUACAUUUAUUAAAGUAACUUUGGAUAUAAAGAGAGAAGUUUGGCAAACAUUUUGUUUAUACAAAUUGUAAAAAGAACAGGACCAAGUUUUUGCUCUGUAACUGUUUGCUUUUCUUGGUGAACUGAGCAGAACAAAACUUUAUAGGUUGGGUGACUAAUUGAAAAAAUAUUGCCAAACUAUUAAAACCUUGUCACAAGGCAGUAUAAUCCAAAUACCAAUUCAUAUGUUUAUCAAAGAAACUUCGAUUGUGGUAACAAUACUAAUUUGCAUGGCCUGAAAAGUAAGUGAAAAUCAAUAGUAUUUUAUAAAUUCCUGUAGAAGAAAAUUUUGACAAAAAGAUUGCUUGCUUAAGCUCAAUAUUAACAGCAUUCUGAACAAAAUUACAGAACAAAAGCUAGAACGGAUUAAGAAUCCAUCAAAUAUAACAAGCAAGAACAUUGUUUCUGCCUUGACUGAAGCAAGAGAAAGUCAGAUGAGUAAUAUGAUGAAUGAUGAAACAACAGACAAUUGGCCAACUGAAUCUCCACACCAGACACACAAUGAUCUUAACUGGAAUGAUGAUAUUGCUCAGCCAAGGUGUUGUUGUGUUGUACUGUAUAACCAUAUAUUUCCCAAACAGGCAAAAACUACACAGGAGGUUGAGUGUCUUCUUGAUGAAGAUGAGUUGGCAGUUGUAAAUUCUGAAUUUGAUGGCACUAAUUUUCCAACCCAACUAGCAAUAUGACAUAAUUUGAAGACCUAUCGUUUUGACCAGGAGAAAUUAUAAUUAAAAAAUGUAGAUAUUAAAUAUAAAAUUGUAAGACAGGGUUUCCAAAAAAUUGCAGCAGCUGUGUUCCAGAUUUUUACAUAGGUAAUUAUUGGUGGGCAUUCAAAGUUGAAAAUCUAAGAGAUGAAUUUUGGCACUAAGAUUAGUAAAACUGGUCUAGUAGAACCAAUGUUAGGGCUGUUUAAAAUAAAUUCUGGUUCAUAUAAUGAACCAUUGAAAUCAUUGCAUCAGUUGUGUUAAGUAUCAAUAGAGAUUUGAUUACCUCUUAAUUACUAAAAAUAUCCAUUGAUCACAGACUGUGGGAUGCAAUAUUUCUGAAUCUCAUUUCAAAUUUACAUAAAACAGACAAAUAUAUGUCUGUGAGAGUACUGUUUUGGGGAAUUAUAUAUUUAUCAAAAUCUGAGUAACAGUUCAGAAUUAAAAUCUGAGUAACAGUUCAGAAAAGCGAGC